AUGUUGGACGAGCACACCUUCCCCGAGAACGACCCCAUAUCUGCUGGCGACGGCCCUGAGCCACUGGACAGCUGGCGGCUAGACAUCCAGCGGUUGCCGGCUGACAAGGACUGGGAAGAAGCGCGCCAGGGCAUACACUACUGGUGGGGGAAGAUGCGUCAGGGCCGGCCCGGAGACCACUGGGCGGCCCUGGGCGGGGUAUUCGUCCGCGGGGGCCGCGCGCGCUUCGUCUUCGCCAGUGGCGGGGGCAGGCCGGCGCGCUUCAAGGUCUUCGUAGAGCGCAACCACCAGCUCGAUUUGGACGGCCAGCUCGAGUUCGACUUUGCGCUCCCCGAGGAUCGGGAAAAGUACAAGGUGGCGGUCGAUGUCAUGAUUUGCUUGCUCGGGGGGGCCGACGACUCGUGGACGUCCCACCGGGAGGCGUUGCUUGCCCUGCCAUUCGAGGAGUUUUAG